AUGGAUACAACAAGGUCACUUGCUAUUUAUUUUCAAAUGGCGACUGGAAACGGACAUAUAGGAAAAGAAAAAUGUACUAGCAAGGCUAUGGAACGUCGUAAUGCAAGAGAACGAAAUCGGAUAAGUCACAUGAAAACACAAUUUAAAAAGUUACAGACUAAACUACCAGAAGAUUGGCAAACUAACAAAAUGAGUAAACUUGAUGUUUUGAAAAAGACUAUUCGAUAUAUUCGUCAACUUGAAGAUGUGUUAUCUGGAAAGCAGCAAUUUGAUGUCGAUUUUUGGGCUAUGUGUAACCCAGUGAUUCAAAAUAAGAACGAUUUCAGUGGCAGUUCGCAGACAAUAAGAACAGUUAAAUAUCAGUCAGCACAACUUAACAAAGCAAAUUGCAAUCGUCCUAAACGUGAAGAUAAAUCGUCAGAUUCGGGUCAAGAUGAAACAGAAUAUAUCAUGCAUUCAUCGGACAAUCUGAAUUAUUGUCGCAAGUCCACUUUCUUCAGAGAUCCUUAUAGCCACACCAUCAUUUAUGAGGAUAUAACUACGUGGAACUGUAGAGUUUGGCCUUUUUAUAACUUAUCCUUGUUACAACUAGCCCCGAUCUCCCCUAUACGUUGUUCGUAUGCGACAAUUGUAGGUGAAGGUGAAGUUUAA